GCCGAUUGGGGCUCAACAGAUCUGCAGGAUCGAAAGUCAUAUACAAGCGCAGAAAACGACGACCAACAACCUAAAAUAUGGUAUAAAAUGAAAGCUCAACGAAAUUCAAAGCCCGAAGAAGUAAAUUUGGGAAUGGAUUUUAACGUAACCCAUAACAGAGUACGCGUCACGAUAGAGCACUCCCUAAUAAUCAGGAACGUAACGAUAAACGAUACCGGAUUUUACUACUGCAUUGGACUUGAGGGACAGGAAUCCGCAAAUAAGUACAGUUAUUUAAUUGAUGUUGUGUUUGACAACGGAACGAAUCCGGAAACCGGAAAUAUGACAAAAUGGCGCCAAUAUCAUGAGGAGUAUUUUGAGCCAGUGAAUCAAAUGUUUAAAAACUCACAGAGUGAAGAGGUCGUUUAUGUUCGCGAAAAGCUUUUUUUAAGCAUUGAAGUAGUUACAGAGUGGGAGCACUGGGGGCCAUGCGAGGUGUGCGGUCGUCCUCCCGGCGAAGGGAGGAGGCACAAGAAAGGAUUUUGCAGAAUAAAAUUGACACCAACGGCCAAUAUAUCAGUGACGACCGCUAGAAGUGACGAGGAAAGUAUCUUGCUGGAUGUUUACGAACUGUCAUGCAGAUCUUUGAUAUUUGAGCGUGUUUUUCCAUCGAUCAGUCAAGAUCUGAAAUAUUUACCGCACUUUGUGCAAAUUGAGCGAUGCGAUGGACUUUGUAAUCCGGAUGCAGAGGGACUAAGUAAAGGAUGGAAAUCGGGAAAGCGAGGAGGAUUCAAGUAUAGAAAGUCAUACGUAUUGGCCCAAAGCGACCACUUAGUUCUAAUUUGUCCUGAAUCUACUCUUCUAAGCACGGUGAUUUGGCACAGAAAUGGACAAGUUCUAAAACCGGGCCAAAUUGUGCAAGCCGGUUCAGAUGAAGAGCCCAGAAUCAUCGUCGACACAUUUAACACACUCUACCUUCACGACGUUACUAGUGAAGAAGAUGGUAAUUACACGUGCCAAGUCGACAACGUUAACAUGCAACAAAUUGAUAUUUUUGUCGUUUCCAAAUCGCGAAUUUUGACCCAGGCGUUUGUGCGUCAUAUGCUUUAUUUGGCCUUUGUUUUAUCGUUAACAUUUUCUUGUUACUGUGCCGGUUUGUUUAUCACUUGGAAAAAGCGAAGUAACUUUAAGACUUACGAAGAUCUGCUGAUGGAAAAAGGCGAGAAAAUUUAUGUUGCGGAUAGCGAUUAUAGCGAAAUCUAUAGCGACGAGGAUUAACGAAGUAUGUGUUUUGUUAAAAAAUUGUUCUUAGGAAUGUGGUCAUUGACAUUCUUUAGCCCCAAGUCACUACCUGCACAAAAGAGAAAGUAGACUUAGUAAAAAUGUCUACCUCGUACCUACUAACAUAUGUUUAAUAAAAUGCAACAUUGUGGCGUCCUAAAUUUGUUAGUAAUUUUUUAUUUAGCGUUUUUUUGCGAGUUUAGUUCCGGACUGUUAAGAAGAUGUUUCGUGUGCAGAUCGCGAGGUGAAUUGGGAAGUUGCAAGGAUCCUUUUACGUUUAAUGCAACCGAUGUCGAGUUUGAACGAGGGGUUGAUACUAUCCCCUGUGCAUCUGGGUGGUGCGGAAAA